UGAGGUCGGGGAGAGUUCAGGAGGGCGUUGGGAUUUGGAGUGUGUGGACCGUGAGGCAGCAGCAGCUUCAUUGCGGCCCGGUCUGUUAGGCUGGCAUGAGCAGGACCAGGAGUGCAGCAGGGCCUGCUUGGAAAGGAACUCCUGAGCUGAGUCAGGUGAGGGCCGGGACCGGACCGCUCGGGCCACAGGAUUCAUCUCCCCAAGCGUUAGCUGUGGCUGGGGACCGACAGUUUGAACAGUUUUGCAGAGGAAAGGAAGCUGUAUAAGUGGAUGAAAAGAAAGCGAAUGAUGAAUGGAGAAGAUGCCUUCCUGGCUAACUAAUGACAAAAAGUGAUGGGCUGUGGGACAAGCAAAGUGCUGCCUGAGCCACCUAAAAACAUUCAUUUGGAUUUAGUUAAAACUGUGGAGCCGUAUACUGGCCAACACCAUGAUAAGUACAAGCACUUUAUUAAAUAUGAUGCCAUCAAAAGUGGAGGCAAGACAGGCCAGCCACCACCUCAUCAGACUAAUGUGUACCAGCAAACUGGACACUGGGACCAGCAGAAUGAUCCUCGAAGGAAUAAAGUGGCCAAAUACCGUGCAAAGUUUGACCCCAGAGUGACUGCAAAAUAUGACAUUAAGGCACUGAUUGGUCGUGGAAGUUUUAGUAGAGUGGUCAGAGUGGAGCAUAAGAGCACUAAACAACCUUACGCAAUAAAACUGAUUGAGACAAAGUACAAGGAAGGCAGAGAAGUAUGUGAAUCUGAACUCAACGUCCUCAGGAGAGUGAGGCAUGCCAAUGUCAUACAGCUCAUUGAAGUAUUUGAGACGCAAGAGAGAGUUUAUAUGGUAAUGGAAUUAGCAACUGGAGGUGAACUUUUUGACAGGAUCAUAGCCAAAGGCUCCUUUACUGAAAGAGAUGCCACUAGAGUGCUUCAAAUGGUUCUUGAGGGAGUUAAAUAUUUGCAUAUCUUAGGCAUCACACAUAGAGAUCUGAAACCAGAAAAUUUGCUGUACUAUCACCCAGGUGCUGAUUCCAAAAUUAUGAUCACAGACUUUGGAUUAGCAAGCACUCGAAAGAAAGGUGAUGACUGUCUUAUGAAGACCACCUGUGGCACCCCAGAAUAUAUUGCUCCAGAAAUUCUUGUGAGGAAGCCUUACACAAAUUCUGUUGACAUGUGGGCAUUGGGUGUUGUGUCCUACAUUUUGUUAAGUGGAACUAUGCCCUUUGAAGAUGAUAAUCGUACUCGAUUAUAUAGGCAGAUAUUGAAGGGUAAAUACAGUUACUCAGGGGAGCCAUGGCCAAGUGUAUCAAAUCUAGCCAAGGAUUUUAUAGACCGACUGCUUACUGUGGAUCCCAGUGAAAGACUAACUGUGGGCCAAGCCUUGAAGCACCCUUGGAUAGUAAGCAUGGCAGCCUCCUCCUCUAUGAAGAAUCUGCAUCGCUCUAUCUCUCAGAACCUUUUGAAAAGAGCUUCAUCUCGAUGCCAAAGCACCAAAUCGGCACAGUCCACGAGAUCCAGUAGAUCAACAAAAUCUAACAAGUCUCGGAGAGUACGAGAGCGAGAACUGCGAGAGCUUAAUUUACGGUAUCAACAGCAGUACGAGGGUUGAAAAGGACUCAGCGUUUUACACCAUGGUGCCUUCCACUGUGCACUUUCAUAUUCAUGUAACUCUCAACAACAGGUUGACCAUUGUGGGUUCAAGAGAGUUUACACAAACCACUUCCUGCCAAUUUAAAACUCUGAAAAUUUAAAAUUAAUUUUCAGAUUUUACUACAAAUUUAAUUGCUACAUUCAGAAGAAAAUACUGACCGACAUUCAAAAUUAUAGUGGAAAAUAUUGAGCCAAUGAGACUUUUUCUAAUGAAAUUUGCUAAAUGUCUAUGA